AUGACAACCUCAGCCCUGCGCCGGCAGGUGAAGAAUAUUGUGCACAACUACUCAGAAGCGGAGAUCAAGGUUCGAGAGGCCACGUCGAAUGAUCCAUGGGGCCCAUCCUCUUCGCUCAUGUCAGAAAUCGCUGACUUGACCUUUAAUGUGGUAGCAUUUGCUGAGGUCAUGGGCAUGGUGUGGAAACGCCUCAACGACAGUGGCAAGAACUGGAGGCAUGUCUACAAGGCCCUGACUCUGUUGGAUUACCUGCUGAAGACGGGUUCAGAGAGAGUAGCCCAACAAUGUCGUGAGAACGCUUUUACUAUUCAGACACUUCGUGACUUUCAAUAUGUGGACCGUGACGGUAGAGACCAAGGGGCCAACGUGAGAGAAAAAGCACGCCAACUGGUGUGUCUCCUCCGGGACGAGGAGCGGCUCCGUCAGGAGAGGAGUCAAGCCCUGAAGACCAAGGAGCGAAUGGCUGGGGGAGGCAGCGGAGGGGGCGGAGGGAGUGGAGGGGGUGGUGGUGUGUAUGGAGGUAUACCUCCAUCCUACCACCCAGGCAGACGAACAAGUCAGCCCAGCAUGGCUGUGCUGUACGGGGAAGAGUUCAGCCGCUCCAGAGGCUCUCCAUCCUCCUUUAACUCUUCAUCCUCGUCUCCUCGCGCCGCCUCAGACCUGGAGCAGGCUCGACCUCAGACCAGUGGGGAGGAGGAGCUGCAGCUCCAGCUGGCAUUAGCCAUGAGCAGGGAGGAGAGUCAGAAGGAGCAACGUUGUCGCCAAGGAGACGAAUCUCUCUUACUGAAGGCCCUGGAUGAGAGCAGGAGAGAAAGCCAGUCAGGGACACAGGAGUCAACCAUGGUGGACCUAGUGGACAUAUUUGGUCCAUCCUCUGAGGUCCCACCUCCUCCCAGUGACCCCUGGAGCUCUGCUGAGCCCACCUGUGACAUCACCUGUGACCCCUGGGACUCUGUAGGUGGGUGGAUCAUUACAGACACACUCACAGCAGUCCAUUCCAGCACUCCUGUGACUGGUAGUCCUUGGGCGGCUCCUCCCUCGUCCUCCAACACGUCUAAUCCCUGGGCUCCAUGUGACAACUCACGCACAGACCCCUGGGAAGCAGCACCUAUCUCCUCCAGUCCUGUCAAUCAAGUGUGGGACAACCCAUCUGAUGGAGAAGGUGAUGGGACAGAUCCAUUCGCUGCAGAGGAAGAGGAGAGGCCUAAACAGGAGGUUCCUCAAGUGUCCUCCCCUCAGCCUGCCAGUCCUACAGACGAAGAGCUGUUUGGAGUAAGAGCAGAGUCUGAUCCGUUCUCUGAAGUAGAUUCCAAGACAGAUCCGUUUGGGUCUGACCCUCCAGUGAAGCCCCAGGUAAAUGGACGAGAGUCAUCCAGCCCCGAGAUGUUUGAUCUUUCCCGGCUAGCACCCCCACUCAGCGGCCCAUCUACACGCAUGUGUCGAACCCCAGAGACCUUCCUCGGAACUACGGGGGCGUCGCUGGUCAAUCUUGAUGCCCUGAUACCUCCCAACCCCCCUACCAAGACGCACAACAACCCCUUCCUCUCAGGUCUGAGUGCUCCAUCUCCCACCAACCCAUUCCACUGUGACCAGCCUCGCCUUACCCUCAACCAAAUGCGACCAUCCUCAACCUCCCCGCUGCCCCCUCACAUGCUCUCCUACAGCCCGUCGCUGCCUCUCCCUCUGCCCCACCAACCGACCACACUCCCCUCCUCUCUGACACAACCUCCUGCAGGACUCCUGGACCUUCCCUCCAACCUCCCCCAGCCUCUGCUCCCUCUUUCUCCCCGGCCAGUGCCCCGCACCCAAUCACAGACACACAGCCACAACCCCUUCCUCUGA